AUGAAACCCCCGGCUACGGACUACGACUCGGAUGACGAGGUCUUGAUCGACAACACAGAAGCUCUCACUCUUCGUUCAAAAAAGACAGGUCGUCAGAAGAAGAAGCUAGAGCGCAAGACCAAGAAGAAAGCUGCCAAACCUCACCUGCUGUCUCUCUACCCAGAGCUCAUCAUCGAGAUCCUGACACAUUUGCGACCCUCGGACAUCAUCUCAUAUCAGCAGACUUGCCAUUCAGCAAAGGCAUUUAUCGAGCAACAUAACUCGUCUAUCGCGAGAUCCAUCAUCUCUUAUCGAUACUCUGUCCUUGCCAAGUGCUUUCCAAGACCCGUCUUUCUGGACACGGUUGACCGCAAAUAUCACGACGUCAUGUUAACUGAGCGCCGCCAGAAGCUUCUCACCAUUCACCGGAAGCCAUAUGCGCAUAUCGCAGACCACGAUGCGUCAGUCCUCUGCUCGUGUCUGACGUGUGUGCUGGCAUGGAAUAAUCUCUGUCUUAUUGCCGACCUUUCACACUGGAUAAACUCGGCAAUUGCGCACAGAAAACCUAUCCCGAUGAUCCCACGUGGCCAGAACGCAGAUUGGAAUGUUGAACUUGUCGAAAAGCACGCCAAUGUUGUCCGAAGGGCACUUAAGUCUCCAACUUGGUACGCUCUCCUCCUGCAGCGGCAUCUGCAGUCCACUAUCUUUGGGAUUCGACGGUACACGUCCAAGGAUGGAGAAGCGGGGUUCGGUCUCGACGAUGACGAUGUUGCAGCUGAGACAGACGACUUUUGUGCCCGAGAUGGGCCUCCGAGCUACGAGUUUCCGCUACAUCGCGAUAUAUAUUACUCACUGCAGACGUAUCUGCCAAAUCGGAUCUGGAGGAAGGAAGACGAUGAGUGGCGGUAUCAGCCAGCAGAUCAGCACUUUAAGGAUCUGGAGUGGAUGAUGUCACUGCCGAAUAAAUGGAUUGCACCUGUGGCGGAGACAAAGGCGGACGAGGAAGAGGUGAAGCAAGAGCAGCCAGUUAGUCAAGAAGUGAUCAACAUUGAAUAG